UAUUACAACAAUAUCCUACAAUGCAAUUCUCUACUACUUUCUCCCUUAUGACAAUGGUCGCCAUUGCCACUGCUGCUAAAUCCUUUGGACUUGUCACCAUUCAUUCUGGUUCCAUGUUCCAAUACUCAGGUAUUAUUGGCCAUGAUAAUGACCCACUUCUUUACGUUGGAAGCUCCAACGGUGCUAAGACCGGCAACUUUGUCUUGAACGAUGAUGGUACCUUGAGUGACUGGAACAACAAGAAGAUUGGUAUUAACUCUGCUGGUGUUGCUGGUGAAGUAGGCAAUGGUAUUUCUGAGCUGAAAGACUUUGGUGUUUCAGACGGUCACUUGACCUUUGGUGGUAAGGAAAUCUUUGUUGCCUGUCCAUCUGAAGAUCAAAAGAGUUAUGUCUUGUCUGUCAAGCAAUGUGACAAGGGUACAGGUGUUUCAUUGAAGGUUAUGGACUCCACUGACGUCAAGCCAACCAAAACUUCAACUCCUCCACCUGCUACCACCCACACAACGAUCACCACCAAGGGUCCAGCCCAAGAAGCUCCAACCCCAGCCGCUCCAGUUGGUGGCGAAUGCCACUUUGGCGUUGUCACUAUCCGUUCUGGAUCUGAAUUCCAAUACCAAGCCAUUAAGAAGGUUGACUCUCACCCACAUGUUUUCUCGGUUGGUGGAUCAGAAGGUAGUGAUAUUUCCUUCACUCUCCUUAAGGAUGGCUCUUUGAAAGACCAAACCGGUAGAGGUGUCAAUGUUGAUGCAUCCACUGGUGAAGUUGGUAAUGUUGACCCAUGGGGACAAGAACAACCAUCCAAGACCUUCUCUGUAAAGGAUGGUCACUUGGUCUUUAACGAUAAAGAUGGGUUCUACGCUUGUCCAUCUGGCGACAACAAGUUCUCCUUGUCCGUUAAGGAAUGUACUGGUGGUACCGGCAUUGCCUUGCAUGUUGUUGACGAAAAGUGCACCUAAGCAACUAAUGUCAAAUAUGAGUCAUUUUCAGUUCCUAUUCAUCGUUCUUCACCGUCAUCUUAUUUCAAGUUUCUUUAGCAUUUUCAAUUCCAU